CACAUACUUCUCAUAUCAUUGCUCUGUGGGGAAAAUACAUUUAUUAAAAAUAUAAAAAUAGACAACUAUUAAAAUAAAAAUAACAGUGGCAACGCUGCGGCGAGUAAAUUGUUUAUCUUUUUAUUAGUUUAGCACCUAGUUUAAAAAUUGAUUUAUUUAGUAUGUUGUGACUUACUAAGAAGUGUUCAGCAUGACUGCAACAUACACUGAAAUAUUUUUGGCUAGUUGUAUAUUAAUACUACCUUUUUUAUACGAAUCUAGCCAUGCAUUCCGGUAUCACCUAAAGUUUUUCCUCUACUAUGCCAUUGUAAUGAUAAAUUCAAUCAUACUCAUCCCCGUUUACUUUUUCAAACCAGGAGAUGUAAAAAACCUACUAAUCGCUAGUGAUUUUUGCCGGGGUAUCACCAAUAUUCUGGGAUUAAGAUGGACUUUAAGAGGAAAAGAAAACUUGGAAAAAGAACAAGCAUGCAUAGUCAUUGCCAACCAUCAGAGCUCUUUGGAUAUUUUGGGCAUGUUUAAUUUUUGGAGAGUUAUGGGAAAAUGCACAGUGAUAGCAAAGAAAGAACUUCUGUACACAGGUCCAUUUGGUCUUGCAGCCUAUCUCUGUGGCCUUAUUUUCAUUCCUAGGGUCCACUCAGAAAGAGCAAAAAGUAUUAUGAAUGAAGCAGCUAACAAAAUUAAGACUGAUAAAGUUAAAUUAUGGGUGUUUCCAGAAGGCACCAGACGAAAUGAUGGACAAAUUCAUCCAUUCAAAAAAGGUGCAUUUCAUAUGGCCAUUUCGAAUAAGUUGCCAAUAGUACCUGUAGUAUUUUCCAGGUAUUAUUUUCUAGAUAAACAUCACAAAAGAUUCGACCAUGGGAAAGUCGUAGUCACUGCACUCCCCCAAAUAGAAACAAAAGAGCUAACAAUGGACAACCUUGAAGAACUAAUGGAACGAGUUCGGAACGUUAUGCAAGAAACGUUUAACGAAACCAGCAAGGAAAUCAUUGACGGCUACGCACCACUUUCUAGUCAAAAAAUUACGUGA